CUACUUUGUACAAUAUAUCCAUAUACUUAUCGUCACUACUCUCAACAGUCGCUACCGCUUCUAACUACCUGGUCGAAAGGACACUUACAUCCAUAUUAUAUUUCACCCAGCUUUUUAUUAUUGCGCACUUUUUUAGUUCCUGCUCAUACGUGACAUAAACGUGUUCUAUUACCAAAAAGGAGAUCUCGAGUCAAGACCAAAAAACAAUUAAGCAUAUUACCUAUUACUUGCCGUUCCGAAAGAUUCGGUGAACGAAGGGACUUGUACACCGCGAGAGAAGCUUGUCUACCAACGAACAGAAAAGAAGAAAAGGAUAGCAAGCGAUAUCUAAUAAAUCACGUCGGUAUUAGGUUUUCUGGUUGCGGAUAAGAGAAUAAUUAAAAAAAAAAAAACGAAACAAUCGAUCGGACUUGCGAACCCGAGUCAUAGUCAUACAGCGAAAAUAGGAAAGGAAGCGAAGAAAAACCGACAAACAGAACAGUUAUGUCGAAACGAACGAGCGGUGCGAGCAAUGGCGCCGCAGCCAAGGCGAGUGUUGCGCAAGAACCUUCUUAUAACAAGCAGAAGGACCUUCUCUCCUCCUCUACCGGCCACUUCUCCCUCCUGAAAGCUCUACACAUGGCCGAUUAUAUCACGGAACUGAACGGCUUCUGCGGCAUCAUGUCCGUGUUCUCGUCCCUGCGAUACUGCCUUGGCGACCCCGCCGAAAAGAACACCCUCUACAUCGCCCUCGCAUUCCUGCCCUUCGGAUUGUUCUUCGACUUCAUGGAUGGCCGGGUCGCGCGGUGGCGGAAGAAGAGCAGCAUGAUGGGUCAGGAGUUGGAUUCGCUGGCUGACUUGAUCUCCUUCGGCCUCGCCCCCGCCUGCGUAGCCUUCAGCAUCGGCAUGCGCACAACCCUCGACCACAUCCUCCUCGCCGUCUUCGUGCUCUGCGGGCUCACGCGCCUCGCGCGCUUCAACGUCACCGCCAACAGCGGAGACAUCCCCAAGGACGCCAGCGGCAAGGCCAGCUACUUCGAGGGCACCCCCAUCCCCACCACCCUCGGCCUCGACGCCAUGAUGGCCUACUGGGUCUCCCAGGGCUGGGUCCUCGACCAGAUCCCCGGCGGCGUAUGGUUCGCGGGCUCUGCGCUCGAGGUGCAUCCUGUGGUGGCGCUGUUCGUGGUUCACGGCUGCUUGAUGUGCAGUAAGACGCUGCAUGUCCCGAAGCCUUAGUGUCACGGUUUUCUGUGAAGCCUCUGGGGAUACGGUUCUUUUCUACAGGAGACGGGAGAAGACCAGAUCCUUGCUCUUUCUUGUUUCUUUUUUUUUUUCUCUCUCUCUAAUAGAUUUUCUCAAAAUCUACUUUUAAGGGGUGGGGGGUUAACUAAUUCUCUAACCUACUCUUACAUAAGGUCCAUACCUUUAAAGAGUUACCGGGGAAAGAAAAUACCUAGUAAACAACUGGGUCCAACCAAAAAAAAAAACGCCGAGAAGAUAAUGAUGAUGGUUGCUUGGUAUGGUAGGAGAGUAAGGGGUAAAAGGGCACGGGAGUAAGAAGGGGGGGGUGGUAGGGUGUUGGGGUGUUGGGGUGUCGCAUACAACAAACAGCCAACAAAAAGUACACAUCGAAUUGGUAGUAGGUAGGUAGGUAGGUAGGUAGGUAGG